GGCUUCUUCACCUGCGAUCUUGUUCAACCGUUUUCCCCAAGCCAAUUUAUCCUGCACCGUGUGAACGGCUUUCUUUCUAUUAUUUUACUUGUUAGCUCUACUUGUUAAGGCUGCUCUGUCUGUGCAUUUACAAUCUGGGGAUUCCACGCUUCUGAGGUUGUACGCGACUGUUUUAUUUGCCACGGGGAAAAAGUUAGUUGGAAGUUCAGUAUGAACGGAGAUAUUUACACUGCCAGAGAGUCUGGCCGCUCCAGAGACUACUACCGAGAAGAACGUCGAGAGCGCGCAGAAGCUCGCGAAAGAGGAGAUCGCAGACGAUCGAGGUCGCCCCACCGCAGCUCUAGAUCUUCCCGCCGCGAGCAUGAAGUAGACUCAUACUCAUCAAGUCGCGACUACCGCGCGAGAGAACGGGAGGAUCGUUACUCUGGUCGGAGGGAUGAACGGGAAUGGGAUCGAGACAGAGGCGAUCGUCGACGAAGGGAGCAUGAAAGGGAUAGGGGUGAUCGGCCAUCUCGGCGGGACAGAGACUUGUUCGACGAGAGGCCUAGGCGGGAUGGCAGAGAUCGUGAUCGAGGUGACCGCGAACGCGAGCGCGACCGUGAUAGGCGAGAACGAAAGAGGAGUCUGAGUCCCAGUUCGCGGAAGAGAGAGCCUACUCCGGAUUUGUCCGACGUGGUGUCGGUUCUGAAUCGCAAACGACGCUUGACACAGUGGGAUAUUAAGCCUCCUGGUUACGAGAAUGUCACGGCAGAACAGGCUAAGCUUUCAGGCAUGUUCCCUCUUCCCGGAGCACCUCGACAGCAGCCUAUAGACCCUACCCGUCUCCAGGCGUUCAUGAACCAACCAGGAGGUUCAGCUGACAACUCUGUCCUCAAGCCGUCAAAUUCUCGUCAGGCGAAACGUCUUUUUGUGUACAAUGUUCCGAAGGAUGUAACGGGGGAGAAGCUCCUGGCAUUCUUCAAUCUUCAGCUCAAUGGCUUGAAUGUCGUGACAAGUGUCGAUCCUUGUAUUUCGGCGCAGAUAUCCGACGACAAAUAUUUUGCCUUGCUGGAAUUCAAGUCACCUAAUGAUGCUACUGUUGCCUUGGCAUUUGACGGUAUCACCAUGGAGGAGCAUGAAGCUGCUGGUAAUGGAGAUACAGAGAAUGCACCCAAGGGUUUAGAAGUGCGACGACCCAAGGACUAUAUUGUCCCAAGCUCCACAGACCAACCUUAUCAGGAGGGUGUGCUACUGAAUGAAGUCCCGGACUCCCCCAAUAAGAUCUGCGUGUCGAACAUCCCUCACUACAUCCCGGAAGAACCCGUUACAAUGCUACUCAAGUCGUUCGGUGAACUGAAGUCAUUUGUUUUGGUUAAAGAUAAUGCAACUGAAGAGUCUAGGGGCAUUGCGUUCUGUGAAUACGCAGAUCCUUCGGCUACCAGCAUUGCUGUUGAGGGGCUCAACGGCAUGGAACUGGGUGAUAGACAUCUUAAAGUUACUCGUGCCAGUAUUGGAAUCACCCAGGCAACUGGCUUGGAUAUGGGAGUCAAUGCCAUGUCGAUGUUCGCAAAGACAACUUCCCAGGAUCUCGAAACUAGCCGGGUAUUGCAGUUAUUGAAUAUGGUGACUCCCGAAGAGCUCAUGGAUAACGACGAUUACGAAGAGAUCAUGGAUGAUGUUCGUGAUGAGUGCUCGAAAUACGGCACCAUCCUUGAAUUGAAGAUCCCACGUCCAACAACUGGCGGCAGACAGUCUCCCGGCGUGGGCAAAAUCUAUGUCAAAUUUGACAGCGUGAAAUCGGCUACAGAAGCGUUGAAGGCACUAGCAGGGCGGAAGUUUUCUGACCGAACUGUUGUGACUACGUACUUCUCUGAGGAAAACUUCGACGUGAAUGCUUGGUAGAAGUAGUUGGUGGUGGUCCACUGGGGGAGCUUGGAACGGUGCUGCUGCUAUACGGACUCCUGGGAACUUUUUUUCCUUUUUUCCGAAUCUAUUAUUCCCAUACUUAAUUGUGGACGCACUCAAUCUGGAGUUCUAUCCUUUUUGUCUUUCGACGCACGAAAUAGUCCAUCGAAAUCAGAAUAACUUGGAUGUCCUGACCGCUUAGAGAUAGGAUUCUGUAAGUGUAAUGUACAGUGACUCCGCAAAAGGUUUAACACCC